CCUUGUGCGCCGAGGAUAAAUGAGGCCCACGAAGCAGCGUGUGCGCUCACUCACUGGCUGGUUUCCACCCCGCCUGGCGUGAUUCACGAUGACGCUGGCCGGAGGAGAGUGCCGAAGAGACUUUAGUUGACGUCACGAGUGUGGAGGAGGGAGGAUGUGGAUGCGGCGUGAAGACGGCAGUCUCCUAACCAUGCCAGUCAAGCGCCCAGGCGUACCAUGCUAACUGCCUAGAUAAAGAGGGUGCACAAGAAAAAGGAGAAGAGGAGGAGGAGAAAGAGCUGCUGCUUUCCUGCUGUCAUGAUCCUGACGCUGGCGGCGGCGGCAGCCAUGAGCGGCCUCAACUCCUCCUCCGUGGACCCCGUGGACGCAUCCACACCCUUGUCGCCGUCGUCCUCGUGGGGCCUCUCGGAGGAGCUGUCCAACUCUUCCUGGGAGCCGGCGGUGCGGAUGACCCCCGAGCUGCAGCCGGCUGCGCCGGAGGUGAGCCUGUGGCACAUGGCGCUGUGUGUGACGGGGACACUCAUCUCCUGUGAGAAUGCGCUGGUCAUCGCGGUGCUUUUCUACACGCCGACGCUGAGGGCGCCCAUGUUCGUUCUGAUUGGCUCGCUGGCGGCGGCGGACCUGCUGGCCGGUCUGGGCCUCGUCUUGAACUUCGUCUUCACCUACUUGGCGGCCGGCUCGCCGGAGCCUGUGAGCCUCCUGUCGGCGGCACUGCUGGUCUCGGCCUUCUCGGCCUCCGUCCUCAACAUCCUGGCCAUCACGGUGGACCGCUACCUGUCGCUGUACAACGCACUGACCUACCACACCGAGCGGACGCUGACGUUCACCUAUGUGAUGGUGCUCUUCAUCUGGCUGUCGUGCGUGACUCUGGGUCUGCUGCCGGCGCUGGGCUGGAACUGCCUGCGAGACGAGUCAGCGUGCAGCAUCUGCAGGCCGGUCACCAAAAGCAACGCGGUGGCGCUCGCUGUCGCCUUUCUGCUGGUCUUCGCCCUCAUGAUGCAGCUCUACCUGCAGAUCUGCAAGAUCGCCUUCCGCCACGCGCAGCAGAUCGCGGUGCAGCACCAGUUCGUGGCCAUCUCCACCACCAAGGGCGUCUCCACCCUAUCGGCCAUCCUGUGUGCCUUCGGGGCGUGCUGGCUGCCGUUCGCCAUGUACUCCAUCGUGGCGGACUCCAGCUACCCGGCCGUCUACACCUACGCGACGGUGCUUCCCGCCACCUGCAGCUCCGUCAUCAACCCCGUCAUUUACGCCUUCCGAAACCCGGACAUCCAGAAGUCGCUGUGGAUGGCCUGCUGCGGCUGCGUCCCUUCCAAUCUCUUGCACAGACCGCGGGCCUCCAGUGACGUGUAGCAGAGAGAGGCGGCCCCUCGU